UUCUCCGCGCACAUUAAAAUAUGAUUGAGAAUUAAAACGUUAUCGAAAGUGAUACAGUCAUGUAUGGGAUGUUGAAUGUCAGAUGGUAUGUAGGUAUUCAGGUGGAAUGGAAAACGGUAAGCUGGAUAGGGUCCCUACUGGCCCAGUACACUUGGACACAGUGAGGUCACUUCACCAGACUGUGGUUUCGCUUAGAACAGCUUUAGAAACAUCGAAGAACGAACUACAAGAACUCAAACAGAAAUACCAGCGUCAUUCACAUUGCAUCGAAUAUGAAGAUAUCAUAGAGAAACUCACGUUGGAAAACCAUAUAUUGAGGCGUAAAAUUAUUGACUCCGGCUGCGCCGAAGAUCAGAAUUUGUUUGAAGCGCCCAAUGAAUCUACUAUUGGACAUAUCGAGGAUAACAAUGAGGGUGGAUUUCUAAAUGAAAGUGAAAAACAGGAUUACGGAAAGAGAGAGUAUACUGGGACAAAAUCAAAGGAAAAUUUAGAAGAUAUUCUUGAAGAGCAGUCGGGUUCAGUCGCUUCUGAUAACACAAGUGUGCUUAACGCAACAAGUAGUGUUCAAGGGGACGUUCGAGGAAGCCCUGCCCCUGAAAUAAAAGAAGAUUGUGAUGUUCCGAAAUCUUUUAAGACUAAAUUGGAACUGUUGUCGAAAUUCGAUGUUAGGAUAAAGGUUAAAACGUUGAAGGACGGCAGCGUUAUCUCUAGCACCACGUCAGACAGUGAAUCUACGAUAGAGGAGAAGACAGCAGAUAAGACUUUAAGUACGGAUGCUGUUGUAGAAUUUAAAGAGCACCGCGAGCACUUCGAGGAUAUCAAGGAUAACAAGGGAGAUACGGUGAAGUUUAAAGCAUCUUCAACCGAAAAUAUUAAAAUGGCGGUCCCUAAUGAAGCAGAGGUUAAGUCUAAGUCGGACAAGUUUGACGUUCAGGUCAGGAUCACUUCGGAAGACAGUCUCGUGGUGAAGGAGAGCAUAGAUCGUGAUAGGAGGAAGGAUACCCUGAAUUUGGACGUCGAUAAUUUAAGUCUACGAUCGUUGUCUGAAGGUGACAACUCCGUUUUCUACGAGGGUGGAACAACGCCGCAGGAUCCAAAUUCCGCGCCCGAUGAUAAACAGGAACAGGAAAACGUUAGCGGCAAUGAAUCGGAAGAAGUCGAUGAUAUAGAACUCAUCUUCACGACGGAUGAGUCCAAGGAUAUAAGCAAUUUACAGGAAGACCUGGUUUCUAUACAGGAAACCGAUAAUUGGACACCAGCGUUAUCUUCGUCGACCCAUUCCACACCAGUUCUUAUCAAGUUCCACACUUUAGACCCUGACUUCCAACCGGGCAGCAAAGCUAAUGAAGUUAGACCAGAAAUUCGGGAACAUUCCAUCCAACGAACUGCUACAGAAUCUUCGUUAAGGAUGAAGAGGAUUUCCCUCCCUAGCGACAAGGACAUACGUCACGUGGGUUUCAAGGAAAAAGGAACCCUAGAACCACCAAGUCGUGGUAUCUUAAAGAGCUACGACAACAGAUCAGAUAAUUUAUUAUACAGAAAAAGUCCGAAUACAAGUACUAGAAGGUUGGACAGCGUGGACAGUUUGACGAGCGAAUACCGCGGGCUCAGCUUCGAUAACACCAAAUCCUCGAGUUUCGAGCUGGGUUCAAGUUUGGAUGUGCUGCAUAGAGACGAAAGCAUCAGCAAUUUCAAUAGAAACAGAAUGGGUCAUCGGUAUUCUGUGUUUGCGGCCACAGAUAUAUCAAAAUGCGGCACGUCCCAGGACGAUCUGGCGAGUAAUUUGAAUGCGAGAAGGAAUACGUGCCCAAAUCCGUUCCAGUACGGCCUAUCCCGUGGUCUACGAGGUCGCAAACCGGUGCGUACCCGCGUGCUACACCAGGGCUUCGCCCCUCGACGUGAGAGCGCGGCCCAGACCGACUUAUCAGCUCUACCACCAAGGUGGACUUCGGAUGGAUACCUGGCAUAUAAGACAUGCGUGUCUCCAGGGGCGGCGCCGACGUUGCCUCAACGAACGACACCCCGGCGACCGCUGUUAAGUGACCUCGGCUUCACUUCGAUGGUUCCGGAGCUGUCUCGUUCGGCGGAGCCUCUGUGGGUUCGUAGAGUCCCCCCGUCGCCUUGCGUGCCCUCAUGCGGACCUACCCUGCACCCCCCAUCAGGGUUGGAACCGCCACGGUCACCAUUGUUUCGUUACCGUUACCGUUCGCCUAACAUCAGUCUCGACAGAAAUACGGAAUGGACUCCACCAACAUACGCGACACCUAAAGGUGUAUGGCGCGGAUCGCUACCGGAUGUGCGUCACGAUGACACAGACGAACUACUGCGAGACACUGAAGUAUAUCUACGACGGUCUAUCGAUAAUUUGCGGUCUACUUCACUUGAAGCAGUGAACUGUAAGGACACUCCGGGACAACCUUACAUCCCAUCAGAAGCUCGUCACCUCCGUUUAGGACACGCUGUUAAAUUAAUCACCAGCACUGGCCGGCUGGCCGUGGGAAGGGUCAGAUACGUCGGCCUGGCUGGUGGGACUGCCGCUAACAGCAGUGUAGUGGUGGGGGCGGAGUUUGCCCUCAAUCAAUACCCGGGGAUUCCCCUCAACGAUGGUACCUACAAUGGCCGCAAAUAUUUCGUGCCCCAAGCCCAUCACACCGCGCUAUUUGUACCGUUCUCUAAAGUGGUCAUGGCGUGGGCGAAUUAAACGGCCCGAGGAUCGAUUUGAAGCCGUAAUUUGAUUCGCGCAGCGCUAAAUUAAUAAAAAAAAAAUUUUCGUGUCGUUAGUUAAGGCCUAAAACUGUAUAAUAGUCACCAAAGUUGUGUGAAAUCUGGCUCUAAGGUAUACCUAAUUGACUUGUCUACUGCCUCUGUGUUUAAAGAUAUUUUUAAUGAUCGAUAAGGCUUAUUUGUUUUACUUGUAUACUAUAUUCUUAUUACACGUGUACUCGUAUAUUCAGAAUUUAUUUUCGGUAAACGUAUAAAUUUUUCAGAUGCUAAUUUCAAUACUUAAAGUUCUCGAUUAGACAAGAAAACGUGUGUUCAAUAUUUAAACGGGCUGUUUAUAUGCAUCUGUGUGUAAUAUACGCCUAAUGAUUGUCGAAGUACCCUCAAAACGUCUCUUUCCUUCAUAUUUUUUUAAUAUAAAGGUAUUAAGAGUUUUAAUGCUUCAUGUCGGACGUAUCGCGGAAGGGAUUUGCUCAUUCACCAGUAACGGUGCUCUGUUUGACAGUGACAGUAAUUUUGGAGGUUGUUUUUUUUUUCAAAUACUUUUUGCCGUUUACUUUCCUAUCGCGUACAGUUAUCUUGGCGUCAAGAAAAAAAAUAUAUUAUUAUUAUUAUUAAUUUUACAUACCAAAGUAUAUUUUCGUAAUACUUUUUCUUAUGCUAUGUGAAUAUAUAGAUAAUGUCUAUUUAAGUAAUGUUUAACGUUUUAAUGUAUCGAGUAGUUUAUUUGUAUAGUGUAUAGUAGCUGCUAGCUUCACAUCGAGAUUUAGAUGAUAAAAUUUCCCAGUUAAAUGGAAUUGAAGCAUGAAGCUUUUAAAAUUGACGGUAGUUUUAAAUUAGUUGUGUGCGCUUAUUAUAUAUCUGUAUAAAAUAAUUUAUUAGUGAAAUGUUUGUGAGGGAAUUGAAAUGGUUAAUGAAAGUGUCUUACUAGUUCUAUAUUCUAGGCUUGUUAUGUAUACGCGGACGGUUGUUUAGGCGGAGAGUGGAAAGAAUAAUAUAUUAUUAAAACAUUGCAACCGUUAUGAUUCGACCCAGUCGGUUCGCUAAUAAAGCGUAAACUUUCUCAAAUAGGUACCGUAUAAUAUAAAUGUCUUAUCGUCUGACAUAGUUUCGGGAUGAGCAGAAUUUGGAUUUAUCUGUUAAUGUAAUGUUUAUAUAUAUAUGUAUAUAUAUGUAGAGUCUCAUAUGAUUUGCAUUAUAUAAGAUAUAAUUAUUCGCGCAAAACCCCAAAGGUGUAGUGUUAAGUGAUGUAUAUAUUUUGACAAUGGAUGCGUUCCUCUCAAAAACGUAGAAUGUUAAUUAAUUAGGUGAUCGUGUAUUUUAUAGAGGAAAAAAAUGAAAAUUUUUUCCUUUAUGUUGAAGUGGAUUUUUCACUCGCCUCAAGCCUCGCUACCUUCAACAUCUACCGCACAAAUUGGCUGUAGGUAGUCAUCCCUUCCCACGAGUUCCCAUCCUUAUAUUACAUACAGACAGUAUUUAGUUUUUCAUUCAUAAAUAUUCGCACACGAUAGUAUAGAAAACUGAACACUCUUUGUCCAGUUUGACGAUGCGAACUCGUGAUAAGGAUACUGAGGUGUCUUUGCAAAUAACAGCUAACUUAAUGAUGUUAGUAGUUUUAAAAUGUACGCAAAGAAUGCAAAUUAAUUUAAUAAUGUCUGUUAAUGAAAAGUUAAAUUCGAAUAUUUGUAGUGAUUACGUAGUACAAAACUUUUCUUCUUGUACAAACGUGUAUUAAUCACAUUAAAUUUAAUAUAAGGUCAUUACAAAGAAACCGUGUUCAGAUUAUGGUGCCAAAUCAUUGGCUUAUUGCAUUUUAUUCGUGAAUUCUAGAGGUUUUUUUUAAUCUGUGUAGUUUAUUGGCCUCUAUAGAUUUUGACAGCUGUCGUUAGAUUUCAAAUCUUAGACGGUUCUAAUAAACUGUUAUCUAUAACAAUAUUUGUUGAUAAAUGUAGAAUUCAAUUACCAUUUUAAGAAUAAGAUGUGCCGUGAAAAUGUAAUUACAAAUGAAGUCGUCGGCGACAUUAUUGUAUUUUUAAUUCCUAUAGACAUUUCAUGUAUCCUCAAAAUCUGGUUAUAGACCUCUGUAACAACAGUAUGUUAUUUAUAUGAAGAAAUAUAUUUUAAAUAUCAUUGUAUUAAAUUAUAUGUUAACUGUAAUAUAAUAAAAUAAAACGUGUA